CUCUUCGUCUCCCUCUUUCCUUUACAGAUAAAUUUCACCAAUAAAUGCCUCCUCCCCCCACUCCCCACCACCACACCGGAAAAAUAAAUUCGCAGACAACGAACGGUGAGGCCGGAGAAAUCUCAUGUCGAUGAAGAUCACGAUGACCUCCGGCGGAAUGCCCUCCAUACCUUCAUCGAUUUCGCCGCCGCCUGUUACUCUGCCGGUGAGAAACGUCCCCGGCGGUUACGGCUUGCCGCUGUUCGGAUCUGUCGGUGACCGAUUGGAUUACUUCUGGUUCCAAGGGCCGGAUAAGUUCUUCAGGAAUCGAAUGGAGAAGCACAGAAGCACGGUGUUCCGGACCAACGUUCCUCCGUCGUUCCCUUUCUUCUUCAGCGACCCGAAGGUGAUCGCGGUUCUCGAUUGCAAGUCGUUCGCGCACCUCUUCGACAUGGAAAUCGUCGAGAAGAAGAACGUUCUCGUCGGCGAUUUCAUGCCGAGCACCAGCUUCACCGGCGGCAUCAGAGUCUGCGCCUAUUUGGAUACAUCGGAGCCGCAACACUCCAAGGUAAAAAACUUCGUUCUAGACGUUCUCCGGCGGAGCUCCAAGAUAUGGAUCCCGGAGCUGGAAUCCAAGUUCUCCACGGCGUUUGACGCCAUUGAAUCCGACGUUAUCAAGAGCGGAAAAUCCGACUAUCUAUUCAAUCUCCAGCAAGCCCUAUUCAGUUUCUUCGCCAAAACCCUAGCCGGCGCCGACACUGCAAAAUCCCCCGACAUCGCCAAUUCCGGCUAUUUCGACGUCAACCUCUGGCUCGGCCUCCAGCUCCUUCCCACCAUUAACAUCGGCAUUCUCCAGCCCCUCGAAGAAAUCUUCCUCCACUCCUUCUCCUACCCAUUCUUC